AUGGCGUCUAACACUUCAGCAACCGACCUAGAGUCGAAAGUCUCGAAGCUGUCGAUCGAGACGCCGGCUCCAAAAGGCACCGGCCUUUGUUCCAAGACCAAGACCGCUGCCAUUGCAGACAGCUGGGAGGAUGAAGCCAUCAGCUCCGACUCCGAGGUCGACAAGGAGUACGACAAUUCGGGACCUUCGUCGCCGGAGCAGGAGAGGCAGCUGGGGCGCGGCAGUGGCCAUGCUGGCACAACUGCUCCACCCCCCACACCUAUGUCACCGACGUACGGCAAGCGGCCAUUCUCACCGACGACCUCUGGACCAACAUUCGAACUGCCCUAUGAAGCUCCUAAUAGCGGCCUUCUAGGCGGGACGACGGCAUCGGCAAGGCCGGAAAAAACGGACGCCGUAGCGCGCCGAAUGAUCGCGAGCGCGUUAGGCAUGAAAGUGCCCCGGCCGAACGAGGAGCAGCGGGCAUAUGACCGUGCCGUCCGCGAAAAGGAGCGUCGGCGGCGUGAGGACGAGAAGGUGCGCGAGAAGAAAAGAGAAGAGGAGGCCUUGAAGGCUAAGCAAGCUGUCUGGGAAGAAUGA